UGCCCCCUGCUAUGUCACAUAUGGGUUAAAUGCAGAGGACACAUAUUGUUGUUGUGCACUGUGUGCUGUGGUGUGUCAACAAUGACCACUGAUCACCUAAAAAAGGAAAUUUGCAAAUUCAUAAACAUAAAAGCAUCAAUAAAAGAGAUUGGAAAAGGGCUUGCUGACUGUAUUGUGCUCUGUGGUUGGUUGGCUAGAGCUCAGCAGCUUGUUCUCUUCAUGGUUAAUCAUUGCCCUGCCAUUAAGAUGUCGCUCUUAUCCCUUGACUGGUGACGUGUUUCUUCCCUCCUGUUUGCAACAUCAGAGGAUGUCCAGAGUUCAUCGUAGAUUGCGAGUACCCAAAUGGCGUGAAAGCAUAUUUCUGAAGCUUAUUUCCUGAUCUCAGAAUCUGUCCUGAAAUAACCCAGAUGAGAUAAAAAAAAAAAAGUUCCGUGUGCCUCUAUAUUGAUUGUUCAGGUAUGGAAUGUCAAGGCUACCGAAGAGUUGCUUAACUGUCGGAAAAAAUUAGCACGGCAACUGUAAUCUGAUUUUCAGCACAAACCCACAUUUAAUCACCAUAAAUGUCACCUUCACUGGAUGUUGAACCAUUACUAACAGCACUUUAUGUAAUAAUUCUUCUUUGCUUAUACUUUAUAAUUGAAAAUGACCGCUUCACCAAAACCUAAUCUUAUAUUGGCUAGAGUUUGAAUGCCAGUUUUCCAAUACAUGCCUUUAAUUUUACUAUGUAAAAGUAACUAAACUAAUAGAUGUAAGGAAACAGAACCCAGCCUGCUUUCUCUGUUUAAGCACAGAACACAAGGACCAUGACCUAUUAGUUUAGUUAUAAAAAACAGAUGAAAACUAUUUGUGUUGCCGUCCUGUAAAUAUCGUGUCCCCUCUCUGUAUUGGGUUUUACUUUCUUUUUUUUUUCUUUUUCAAACAUAAACAUUUUUAUUCCAUAAGUGUUAACAGUCUACCAUUGAUAAGACAUUUUUCCAGUUAUGGGAUGGUCAUCUAGUUCCUCCCACAACCGCCCACUCUUCACGUGUAGAAUUAUGGUUAUAUAAACAGACCCAUCGCUGUUCUCCCUCAUUAAAGUGAAGAGAGGAGAGGAAAAGGGACGGGAUCGGAACGGAAAGCCAUCCCACAACACAUCAAAGCCUACAGGACCGUAGGUUCACCGAACAUUUUAACCACACGGAAAAAAUCGUCAAAGUAACUUCGGACAAGGAAGCGGGACCAUGUGUACGGGAAAGUGUGCCAAGUGCAUCGGGGUGAUGCUGUACCCCUUAGCGCUCAUCUCCAUCGUCUGCAACAUCAUACUGUUCUUCCCAGACUGGAAAACCAAGUACGCCGAGGAUGAGCGGGAUGGCUUGGGUUCUCGCAUCACAGAGGAAGUGAAAUACAUGGCAGGCGUUAUUGGAGGGGGCAUCAUGGUGCUGAUCCCAGCCAUCCACAUCCACCUGACGGGAAAGCAGGGCUGUUGUGCGAAUCGCUGCGGGAUGUUUCUGUCCAUCGGCUUUGCGGCAGUGGGGGUCGUGGGUGGUCUCUACUGCUUCGCCGUGUCCAUCGUCGGUCUUAUCAAUGGGCCCAUGUGUUAUUACAUGAUUCCUGGCACCCUCAAAUUUCAGUGGGGAACGCCAUUUGUCAACAGCACUGAGAGUUAUCUGACUGACCAGGAAAUGUGGAACAUUUGUCUGGAACCCAAAGACGUGGUACAAUUCAACGUGGGCCUCUUCUCCACCAUGCUCAUAGCUGGUGGUCUGGAAAUUGUCCUCUGCACCAUCCAGGUGGUCAACGGGCUGUUUGGGUGCCUCUGCGGGACGUGCAACAAGAAUCAGUCAUAUUAAUCAGAGCAGAGGUAAUGGGAGAAGAUAGAAGAAUGCCCCUCGAGUACGAUGGACUGACUGCGCCCUCUUGUGUCCACAUAGGGCAACAGUUCUUAAUAGACCACUAAUGAAAACAGCUUUACGGGACCAUUUUAAAUGAUCAUUCCCAGUAAACACAUACUACCUUGUCUAAGGAUCUGUAUUAUUCCUAAUUACUACUUGUGAGGGAAUAGUAUUUUACAAGUAAUGUUUAUAAAAUGUUAAUCACUUUGUUUUUAUAUGAAAUGUUUAUAGACUUUAUACACUUUUUCAUUGUUUUUUUUUGCACUGUCAAUGAAUGGUCUAACCAUGACAGUGAUUCUCGCUGAUAAAUAUUAAAUAAGGUGGUAAACUACUACACAUUAUUAUACCUAAGGGAGGAUGAAACCAUGAAACAAAGUAUCAGUAAUUCUAUUACUGGUACCCUUUUGCUACAUUGUUUUAGCUUGAGCUGAAUCUUGUGUCAUGGAAAUUUGACUCAGGUUUUCAAACCUGACAGUUUCUCUUUUGAAACAGAUGAAGGUUUGCAUCUUUCAUGAACCUUGAAAUCUUACAGUAUGUAGCACAAAAUAUUUGCUUGGGACACGUCAUCCAGAGUGAGUAAGUUAUUAUAUGUAAAAUUGUAAAAUAUUACUUUGACCAAAUAAAAUUCUUAUUUUAAAAGGA